AUGUCUGCUAUUCAAAUUCCAAGUUUCGAUGUUCCGUUUGGGAUAAAAUUAUGGCCUCUUUUUGAUGCAGCUAUUACAAAGGUCAGUCAAGGUAAAUUUAUUCCAUCACACUUUGCUUUCGUUCACGGAGAAUUACCGUUCUCUACAUUCCCACCGGUGUUCCUUAUAAUCAGUACAUAUUAUAUUGUUAUUUUUGGAGGAAACUAUUUGUUCAAAAAAUUUCAAAUUAAGCCAUUUGUGUUGAACGGAUUAUUUCAACUUCACAAUCUAGUUUUGACUACUUUGUCGUUUACUUUGCUUGUAUUAAUGGCUGAACAGCUCAUUCCUAUGAUUUACCACCACGGGUUAUUCUUUGCGAUUUGUCACCCUCAAGCAUGGUCACAAGAAUUGGUUUGUUUGUACUACUUGAAUUACUUGACUAAGUUCACUGAAUUUCUCGAUACCGUGUUUUUAGUGGUUAAGCAAAAGAAAUUAACAUUUUUACAUACCUACCACCAUGGUGCUACUGCGCUUUUAUGCUACACUCAAUUGAUUGGCUUGACUCCAAUCUCGUGGGUUCCAAUCACACUUAACUUGGGUGUACACUGUGUCAUGUACUGGUACUACUUCUUGGCUGCAAGAGGUAUCAGAGUCUGGUGGAAGGAAUGGGUCACUAGAUUCCAAAUCAUUCAAUUCGUUUUGGAUUUAGGCUUUGUCUAUUUCGCAACUUAUCAAAAGAUUGUUUUCACAUAUUUCUCCAAUUAUAGAGAUAUCUUGCCAGUCUGUGGUGAUUGUGCUGGUACUAUGUUAGCAGCAUACUCAGGUUGUGCUAUUUUGUCCUCGUACUUAGUUUUAUUUAUUGCUUUCUAUAUGGAAGUCUAUAAGAAGAAAUCAAAGAGGUCUAAGAAAAUAAAGGCUGUUCAAGGUGGGGUUGCUGCUCAAGUUAACGAAUACGUCCAUGCUACAGGAAGAAGCGAUACACCAACACCAGUGCCAGAGGCCCAAAUUCGCUCUAGAAAGGCCGCUUAA